AUGGAUAGCCAAGCAGGCGAAGCCAUUUCUGAUCCCACCCCCAAGUUGCGCACAUAUUUCUGUGCUUCCAACUUUCUAAUCCCAGAUCUGGAUCACGUCAAAAAGCAAUGUACCGGUGAAAACAAAAAAGUGCAUUGGGCUGGAGUAACGAUAGUGCGAAUAUCGUCUAUGGUGGUUGUCAAGUUUGGGACGCGUGUCACUGUAACAGAAGCCAAAAGCAUAAUCUACGUCGCCCAGAACUCCAAGGUUCCAGUUCCCGAAGUCUUUGCGUGUUGCACCUACGGGCCCAUAGACAGAGAAAUUGAAGACUAUGACAGCCUAUUUGAUACAUACAUCUUCAUGAGCUUUGUGGAUGGGCAGACUCUAGACACUGUAUGGAAUAACUUCGAUCAGCUAACGAAGAGACGUAUUGCAUCACGGCUAAAGGAAUACAUUGACAACCUUCGCAGCAUGGGAAGCAUGUCAUAUAUUGGAUCAGUCGAUCAUGGCCCAGUUACUGAUUCGAUCUUCGCAACCUGUAAAGUCCAAGGUCCUUUUGGUUUCGAGAAGGAAUUCAAUGAAGCAAUCGUGGAUGCAUAUUACCGGACUGUAUCCCGGCAACAUAUCCAAAAAUUCCUUUCCGGAAUGAUUGGUCAUAAGGAGCGCCGUAUUUUGUUUGCGCAUGCUGUGGAGAUGCAGAAUGACUGGGGAGACUACCUGCUGGACAUUCUUCAGCCAUACUAUAACGAGUAUGCAUUCUACUCGUUUGUGUCGUGA